AUGUCGAAAUCAGAAGAAAUCAAAGAAAUAAACCAAUCUGGUAAACUCAUCGCUACUUAUAUUCGCUCUCAUACUCCUGGUACUUCUGGGAGGAAAUUUGACCGGAUCGAUGUUGAUAUACCAAAAGGUCCGUCGACGUGGGUUAUGAGUUUAGUAGGGGCAUUCAUGCCGGUGGGAUAUCCGGAUAGUGUUACGGAGGAUUAUACUGCGUAUCAAUUUUAUGCUUUUGCUAGUACGAUUGCGGGGUUGUUGGCUAGUAGGGCGGUGCUUCAAGGUCUCGGCGUCGGCGACUCCACCGCCUCAGCAACCCACGCCGUUCUCCUCUCCAUCCUCCAAGAAUCCGCCGGCCGUAUCUCUACCAUCCUUUUCGCGCACCGACUCGGUAGCGCACUCGAACCCGAAUGCAAAAAAUAUCGUCUCAUGGCUGAUAUUUUCAACGACGCUGCUAUGAUUCUCGAUUGCAUCUCCCCUGCUUUUCCCAAGAUUCCUCGUGUGUUUUUACUCAGUACGAGUAGUGUGUGUAAAUCGCUUUGUGGAGUCGCGGCGGGAAGUAGCAAGGCGAGUUUGAGUGCGCAUUUUGCGAAGAUGGGAAAUUUGGCGGAGUUGAAUGCGAAAGAUGCAAGUCAGGAAACUCUCAUAUCCCUCCUUGGUAUGCUCGUUGGAACCUUUGUCGUUUCCAAAAUUUCCUCUCAAGUAGCCACGUGGAUUGCAUUGCUCACUCUCCUUUCCAUCCAUCUCGGUACAAACUAUAUGGCCGUCAGAUCAGUCACCAUGCGUACCCUGAACCGACAACGAGCCAAUCUCGUCAUUUCAUCUUUCCUCUACAGUACAAACCACAAGAAGAACAACACUUCUCUCCCCUCCCCCAGAGAAAUCUCACUCCAAGAACGCAUCUUCGAACGCGACGGCGCAAUUCGCAAUAUCCAAGGUACAAUUCUCGCUUACUGCAACGUCGGCACGAGUCUCCAAGACCUCCUCUCUUCAAUUUCUACACCCACAAUUACAGGAAGUUAUACAGAACCCGACUCAAUCCUCAAAUCUCUCCUAUCCAUCUACAAAGCUCAGGGUUACAUAAUGUGGUACUCCCGUUCCCGCAAUACAUUCCUCGUUGUUUUGAAAGAAGGAUCGUCCCCGAAAGUUCAAUUGGAUGCGUGGUUUCAUGCUAUUUUUGCUAUCAGUUUUAGGCGGGAGAAGAUCCGUGGAUCUGGGAAUGCGAAGAUGGAUAAUCAGAACAUUUCAAAUUGGAUGAAGGAAUCGCUAGAGGAAUCGGAGAAAUGGAGAGUAGAAAGCGAGUUUUAUGCGGAGUUGGAGGGGAAGGGGUGGGAUUUGAAUACGCCGGCCAUUGAGGUUAGAGCGGGGACGAGAUUGGUUGUUGCGGGGGGAGAGGAGGAGAGAGAGUAA